UGCUGCCCUCACCCCCACCACGCCCAGCCCUUUCUGCCUCGUCAUCUCCUGCUCUGCGGAGGUUCGCCCGUGAGUGGGGCAGCCUAGGGUGUACGGGAUCGGGAGCCCCACCCCACGCUGCUGGGGGAGGGGCGAGAAACAUUGGGCGGAAUCCGCGUCCCACCAGCACCAGCUGAGCGCCGAAGAGGUCUGUGAGCCCCGCCCCUCCGUAGGACUCUGAGGGACCUUCAGUGGUGCCGGCUCAGGAGGGAGUGCUUGGCCAGGAAGAGUAGCGAUCUGAGGGGCGAGCUGACUUCUAGGGGCUACUGAGAAGCCUGAGGAGACUGAAAAGAAGUGGCUGGACGCACUGGAGGACGAGUCCUGAGCUGCGGAGCUGCUUGGCCAGCGGGGUUGAGCCCCUACUAUGGGCAACGCGCAGGAGCGGCCGUCUGAGACCAUCGACCGCGAGCGGAAACGCCUGGUGGAGACGCUACAGGCUGACUCGGGGCUGCUCCUGGACGCGCUGCUGGCGCGCGGCGUGCUCACCGGGCCCGAGUACGAGGCGCUGGACGCGCUGCCCGAUGCGGAGCGCAGGGUGCGCCGCCUGCUGGUGGUGGUGCAGGGCAAGGGCGAGGCCGCCUGCCAGGAGCUGCUGCGCUGCGCCCAGCGGACCGUGCGCGCGCCCGACCCAGCCUGGGACUGGCAGCACGCGGGCACUGGCUACCGAGAGCGCAGCUAUGACCCUCCUUGCCCUGGCCACUGGACGCCUGAGGCAGCUGGCUCAGGGGCCGCCUACCCUGGCUUGCCCAGAGCUACAAACUGCGACAAGGCAGGGGACCCUGAGGACUCAGCGACACAAUCUGGAACCCUCGAGGAGCACGAGCAGGAGCCGGAGCCGGAGCUGGAAGCUGAGGCAUCUGAAGGGGCUGAGCCAGAGCUGGAACCCCAAGCGGAUCCAGAACCAGAGCUAGAGGCUGAACCGGAGCCUGAACUGGAGCCUGAGCCAGAGCCAGAGCCUGACCCAGAACCGGAGCCAGAGCCAGAGCCUGACUACGACGCUGGGGAGGAGUCUGAAGAUUCCUGAAUGCCAAGAUGCUGACAAGCCCCUUCCGGUCCAAACCCAGUAAGACCUGGGUUCCUCCAGGUGGGUUCAGAUGCCACCACCAUGGCCCCCUCUGCCCCAGUACUGCUGGACAUUAAUAAACUUGGCAGGGUCCGCUUGGGCUCUCCCUGA